AGCCAUUGGAUAUGAGAUGAAAGAGAGAGAGAGAGAGAGAGGGAGAGGGGGAAGAGGCAUGGAGAAUCCCAAUGCUCAGAACAAAGAGAGAGAAGAAAGAAAGAGAGAAGACACAGACAGCACUGUCCACUGUUCACUCCCUCUUCUCUUUCUCUCUCUGACCAAUUAAACUAAAUUACUUAUCUUUGCGCUCUCUCUCUCUCUCUCUCUCUGUCUAUAUCCCCCAUCCUUCUCUCUCCUCCCAGUUUCAACACCCCCCUCCCGGCCCCAACUCUCCUCCCUGUGCUCUCCACCCAAACCCUCCUCUCCCCAAGAAAAAAGAAACUUAAAAUCUAUCAUCUUAUUCACUCAUUUCCCUUACAUUUAAUCCAUGUUCCCAUGAUCUGAAGAAACCCAAGUCUCAAUCUCAUCAAUCAAGGCAACCCCAACGAAAGAAAGAAAGGGAAGAUCGCUUUAGAUCACAGGGCCGCGCGUGUGCUACGAACUCGCCUUCUUUCUCUUCCUUUUGUUGUCUCUCAUGCGACAUAACAGGGCGGAGCGAAUGUCUGAGGACGACGAAAGGCAGCAAUCUUCACCGUCAGAUCUUGACUUUACUUCUAACAAGGCCCGGAACUGCAACGCCACCGGGUCCGGGUCGGGUCACCCGGAGUUUCAGUCUCCCUACCCGGACCAGGUCCUGGAGAACGUGUUGGAAAACGUGCUUCACUUCCUGACUUCGAGCCGCGACCGAAACGCCGCCUCAUUGGUGUGCAGGUCGUGGUACCGGGUCGAGGCGCUGACGCGAUCCGAGCUGUUCAUCGGAAACUGCUACGCGGUGUCGCCGGAUCGGGCCACGGCCAGGUUUACCAGGGUGAGGGCGCUUCACCUGAAAGGGAAGCCCAGGUUCGCGGAUUUUAACCUGAUGCCGCCCGAUUGGGGGGCCCACUUCAAUCCUUGGGUGCUGGCUCUGGCCAAGGCGUACCCUUGGCUGGAAAAAGUUUACCUGAAGCGCAUGUCCGUGACCGAUGAUGAUCUGGCAACGCUGGCCGAGUCGUUUUCAGGGUUUAAGGAGCUCGUUCUCGUUUGCUGUGAUGGGUUUGGAACUAGUGGCCUUGCUAUUUUUGUUUGCAAGUGCAGACAGCUUAGGGUGCUUGAUCUGAUCGAAUCUGAGGUUACAGAUGAUGAGACAGAUUGGAUAUCCUGUUUUCCUGAGGGUGAAUCACAUCUUGAGUCGUUGAUAUUUGAUUGUGUAGAAUGCCCGAUAAAUUUUGAGGCAUUGGAAAGGCUGGUGGCUAGGUCUACUUCACUUAAGAAGCUUAGGCUAAAUCGAUAUGUUUCUAUCGGGCAGCUAUAUCGCCUGAUGAUUCGAGCUCCUCAGCUCACACACCUUGGGACAGGUUCGUUUAGCCCAUUGGAGGUAGCAGGACAUGGUGAUCAAGAACCAGAUUAUGUAACUGCUUUUGCUGCCUGCAGAUCCUUAGUUUGUCUCUCUGGGUUUAGGGAAAUAAUUCCAGAUUAUCUGCCUGCGAUUUACCCUGUUUGUGCAAAUCUAACAUCUCUGAAUUUCAGCUAUGCCAACAUCAAUGCAGAACAGCUUAAGCCAAUUAUAAGCAACUGCCACAAGCUCCAGGUUUUCUGGGUCCUUGAUUCAAUAUGUGAUGAAGGACUUCAAGCAGUGGCUGCGACAUGCAAGGAACUACGUGAGCUUCGGGUUUUCCCCAUCGAUGCUCGGGAGGAUAGUGACGAAUCAGCAGCAUCACCCUUCCUUCAACCUUAUUCAAAAUUUUAA